AUGCCAAAAUCACUUCAUCUGUCGGUUGCCGACCAGAGCGUUGCUCGAGUCUACAUCCAGACGCUCUUACUGUUCCCGUUCCCAGACGAUUCUCAGCGGGAGGCUGCAGUCCAGUCCCUCGAAAGGGGUCUGCAGCAAACAUUGAAAGACUUGCCUUUCUUUGCCGGGACCGUUGGACCUGCGCAUCCUCAAACUGGCCGAAUUACAUUGACCUAUCCGGACGAGAUACCUCAUGCUAUCACGGCAGACAUCUUUGCAUAUGACAUCCUUCCUCAUGACGACGAAUUUCCACACCACUACGAGCAACUCAAGAAAGAUGGCAUGCCACAGAAUGUGCUGACAGGCAAACGAUUUUGUCCUAAGACCUUGAGGCGUCGGGCCGGUGUUCCUGAAUAUGCCGAAGGAAUCAUGCAGUGCAAUGACGGCGUGCCAGCCCUUGCUGUGCAAGCAUUCUUCAUCCCAGGUGGCCUCGUCUUAAGCACAUAUUUCCAUCACAGUGUCGUCGAUGGAUCGGGAAAGACUGAGUUCUGGAGGCAGUUUGCUGCGAAUGUGUAUCACCAAACACAUCCCCCACCGUCAUGCGAAACCUUCAUGCAUGAUCCCGCAUCGAACAAGACAUGUACAGCUGUUGAGUCUAUUCCCGACCAAUCAGCACUUCGUGCAAGUGUAGAUGCGAGGAUUCGGUCUGUUGAUAAAGCUCCAUCGGCUGAUGCGUACGGUGUUCCCAAUUACAAGCGCACACUCCCUGUGGGUACACCUUGUGAAUCCAAGAUAUUCUCCUUUCCAGCUGAGCGAAUCCGUCAGUUUCGCGAUAUGCUUAGGGAUGAGGACAAAGUGUUUACAGAAAAACCUAUGACUCGAUGCAACGUCCUGGCUGCACUGAUUUGGGUUCAUGUCACACGCGCACGACAAGCGCGGUUACAGCAACAUGGUUAUCGAACAACAAAGCUGGGGGUCGCGGUCGAUCUGCGCAAAAGAAUCAACGAGCCAUUAGAAUCGACGUAUAUUGGAAACAUGGCGUUGAUGACGACAGCCACCUCGCCCAUCUCACACUUUUCUGCAGAGCAACGUGUCACCAACGCUACGAUCAUUCCAGCCAUCCAGCAUAUUAAUACCUCCAUCUCACGAGUCGAUGACACGUGGGUACAACGCCAUCUCAGUUACUUUCAGUCGCUCUGCCCAAUCACCAAUACUGAAAUCAAUCUUAAGUUCAACACAGGGCCUGAUCUCUACAUCACUUCGUGGCUACAUUUCGGGGCUGACCUCGCCUGGGGCAUUCCUGGUACCAGUUCGCCUACUCCAGAUUUCAUCAGACGUACUCACAGCCCUUCGGAUGGUGGAAUAAUAAUCAUGCCGAGAAAGAGUGGCGUCGUGAACGGUAAGGAGGCGCCCUAUGAAGUCCUCAUUCGGUUAGCUACCGAGGAUAUGGAGCGGUUGAUCAGUGAGGAGGAUGGCCUCAUCAAGAAAUGGGCCGGGAAAAUUGUGGGAUGA